GCUGUUGUGGCUGGCAAAGUAAUACCAACCCUUCCCAAGGCUGGAUGUGGUGAAAUUCCCCCGGAGAACGAAUUCAGAGACUCACUCUCAUUUCUAGAUGUCUUGAGUGCAAAUGAGUUUGAAGGAGAGCAAAUCGAACCAGCAGUUGCAUUGGAGACAGAGUCUGAUUUUUACAAGGGAACCCCACCCAAAUGGAUGAACGUUUACCUGGCUGAUGUGAAGGCAGACUCUGAUAGCAGUGUCACACCUACGGAAAAAGGAAAGGCCAUUGGUGUUAUCAAAAGGGAUGGCUAUGAGGAACUUAGGGAGCAGAUUAUGGUAUUUCAACAGAGCCACUAGAGCACAAGCACCAUUAAUAUUCAGCACGAGACGGGCAGUGGGGCGACCACCCUGGCCAUGCAGGUACUCUGGGACCUGAGGAAACAGUUCAGAUGUACUGUUCUGGUCAACCCUUCUACUGACAAGACGUUUAAUGCCAAACAAGCACAGAAAGACCUCAGUUUAGAUACAAAGGCAAUUGCCAAACAGGUGAUAAGACUUUUUGAAACAGGUGGUCCGGAAAAACAGAACACUGUGCUCCUCUUGCAGGACAACGAACACCUGAAUAAUUCUCUACAGGACAGCCUCACCAGAGAAAUAAAAGAGCAAAAUAUACAUGCCAGAUUCCCUGUGGUCAUUGUCAUACAUUGCAUGCGCAAGGUCAUCCUUGGUGAAAAUGCUAAUGGUAAGACUAAAGAGGAAGAAAGAAGACACCAAAACCAAGAGGGAUCCAAAAAGGAGACCAAAUCCAAGACCAAAGUGACCCUCAGAACUCAACUGUCAGUCUCAGAGAAAGUCAGCUUUGAAAACAAAGAAGAAGAACUG